UUGCUUUCGAAACACCAACCUCUAGAAGCGGAUGUGCCUGCUGACACGCUUCCCGACCAGUCCGGAACUUACACCGGAAACAUUGUCGAGGUUCCUUAUUCUAUCAAUUGUUCGUCAUGUGGUGCCAGUCGCGUUUCAUUCGCAGCUCGAAGUACAGGUGAGUCAUCGUGCUCGAGCGGUGUGCAAUGGGAUAUCGACGAGAGAAAACUUAGCGCUCAAUCUCCGCGUGCACCAGUUCAUUGGAAGGAGGCUAAAUGUAUAGGCAGCGGUGCUUUUGGCAGCGUUUAUCUUGCUUACGAUGUCGAUACUGGCAUGGAUCUUGCAGUCAAAAAGAUACCCAUCAUCCCUGACAAUAGAGAGCUUAGACGCGAAGCGCAGGGAUUAGAAUUUGACGUGCAAGAAUUAGGACGCCUUCAGCAUCCAAGAAUUGUUCAAUACCUUGGAGUACAAAAAACCAGUGACAAAAUACUGAUAUUCAUGGAAUAUAUGACCGGCGGUUCGCUUAAGGAUCACCUCGCGUUGGUUGGAGCCUUGUCAGAUCCUGUCGCAAGGAAAUAUACAGCACAGGUGCUGGAAGGUCUUGCUUUUCUACACAAAAACCAUAUAAUUCAUCGCGAUAUCAAGUCAGCUAACAUAUUACGAGACUCAUUUGGAAAUGUCAAGAUAGCCGAUUUUGGCUCGGGUAAAAAAAUGCAGAGUUUGGCAAGUCAACAAGGAGCCUUUCAUAGCACAAUUCAUUACACUGCUCCUGAGGUGCUGUUAGGAAAGACUGCAUAUGGACGUAAAGCUGAUGUAUGGAGCGUAGGAGUUACAUUGGUUGAAAUGCUGACCGGUAAAGUGCCGUGGAAAGAGUUUGAACCAAUGGCAGCGAUGUUUCAAAUUGCUUAUGAA